AUGCGCUCACCUAUGGAUUUAAGAGUUGGAAAUAAGUAUAGAAUUGGUAGGAAGAUUGGUGCAGGUUCGUUUGGUGAUAUUUACCUCGGAACCAACUUGAUCACUGGAGAAGAAGUGGCCAUCAAAUUAGAGUCUGUCAAGGCCAAACAUCCACAAUUAGAAUACGAGGCCAAAGUCUACAAAGCAUUAUCUGGUGGUGUAGGUGUGCCUUUUGUAAGGUGGUUUGGUGCAGAAUGCGAUUACUAUGCCAUGGUCAUUGAUCUUUUGGGACCCUCGCUUGAAGAUUUGUUCAACUUUUGUAAUCGCAAAUUCACAUUAAAGACAGUGCUUUUGUUGGCAGACCAAAUGCUUUCUCGUAUUGAAUAUGUUCAUUCAAAGAAUUUCAUUCAUCGUGAUAUCAAGCCUGAUAACUUUUUAAUGGGUAUCGGUAAAAGAGGCAAUCAGGUCAAUGUCAUUGAUUUUGGUCUCGCCAAAAAGUAUCGUGAUCCUCGUACGCAUCUCCAUAUCCCCUACAGAGAGAACAAGAACUUGACUGGUACAGCUCGUUAUGCCAGUAUCAAUACACAUUUGGGUGUUGAGCAAUCAAGACGUGACGAUUUGGAAUCACUAGGCUAUGUGCUCAUGUACUUUUGCAGAGGCUCUCUACCAUGGCAGGGAUUGAAGGCAACUACAAAGAAACAAAAGUACGAUCGCAUCAUGGAGAAGAAGAUGACGACUCCCACUGAAUUAUUGUGUCGUGGCUUCCCAAGUGAAUUUGCUAUUUAUCUCAAUUACACCCGCUCUUUACGUUUCGAUGAUAAACCUGACUACUCUUACCUUCGUAAGUUGUUUAGAGAUUUGUUUGUAAGAGAAGGUUACACCUACGAUUAUAUCUUUGAUUGGACCGUUUACAAGGCUAAUGAACAUGAGGCCAAGACAAAAGCACCAAAGGACGAUGCCGUUAAGCGCGAGCAAAAGAUAGCAGAGGCCAGUAAGGAUUCGCAACAACAGCAACAACAACAGCAACCUCAAUCAUCCCAACAACAACAGCCACCUCAGGAUGGAGGAUUUCCUACCUCUUCUUUCCGUCGAGCAAAUCCCACUCCUUAUGUAGCAAAGCCAUAA